AUGGGGAAGAACAAGACGCAGGUGGGAGAAACGAGCGAAGAUAGAGGAGAUGGUAAGAAAGCUGAAGAUAAUAGGCCCAGUUCAUAUGACAAUGAUAACUUAAUGUUUAUAUCAAUGGCUCAAGAGUUGAAGGAUGAAGGGAACAAGCUGUUCCAGAAGCGGGAUGUUAAAGGGGCUUUGGUAAAAUAUGAGAAGGCCCUCCAAUUGCUUCCAAGAAAUCAUGUAGAUAUUUCUUAUCUGAGGAGUAACAUGGCUGCGUGCUACAUGCAGAUGGGUCUCCGUGAGUAUCCUAGAGCGAUCAAUGAAUGCAAUUUGGCUCUUGAAGUAUCACCAAGGUAUAGUAAAGCUCUGAUGAAGAGGGCAAGGUGCUAUGAAGCUUUAAAUAGGCUGGAUUUCGCCCUGAGAGAUGUUAGUACUGUCUUAAAGAUAGAGCCAAAUAAUGUCAUGGCAUUAGAGGUCUCGGAUAAGGUGAAGCAUGCUCUUGAAGAUCGGGGAUUAGUAGUAAAUAAUGCAGAAAUUGAGUUGCCUCCAGAUUAUGUUGAACCUCCUACUAUGCCUCUGGCAAAAGUAGUGAAAGAAAAGACUCACAAGAAGAAGAAAAAGAAAGAGAAGGUGAAGCCUCCUGAUAAAAUUGAAGAGAAGCAAGCUGAGGAGAAAUUACAAGAGAAGAAAGCUGACGACAGCAGUGUAGUGAAGAAGGCCGAGGACAGUCGGAAAGAGAAGAAGGCUAAUAAGUCUAAAAAGAAGAAGGCCAAGGAAAAAAAUGUUGGGAAAAAGGACGAUGAUGUUAAGGAAGUUAUUGAGGAAAAAAGUAAUUGUAGAAGUGAAGAUAUACCUAAGAAAGCAGCAAAACUUAUUUUUGGUGAGGACAUAAGAUGGGCUGAAUUACCAGUUAAUUGCAGCCUCUUUCAGCUAAGGGAAGUCAUUUGUGAUCGUUUCCCUAGACUAGGAGCAGUUGUUGUCAAAUAUAGGGACCAAGAGGGUGAUCUGCUCACUAUCACUUCUGAUGAAGAAUUAAGGUGGGCUGAAACAGGAUCAGAGGGUUCUAUUCGGCUGUACAUAGUGGAAGUUAAUCCUGAACAUGAUCCAUUCUUUAGGAGGCUUAAUGCAAAUAAUGGAGAAAAGGUUAGCAUUGCUAGUUCUCCUGUGAAUGGGUCUGUGGUGAAAGCAAAGGACAUUAUUCACUCAUCUUGCAUUGAGGAUUGGAUAAUUCAGUUUGCACAACUGUUCAAGAAUCAUGUUGGGUUGGAAUCUGACGGAUAUUUAGAUUUUCAUGAAUUUGGUAUGAAACUCUAUUCAGAGGCUGUGGAGGAGACAAUUACAACUGAGGAAGCUCAAGUCGCAUUUGAUGUUGCUGAAAGUAAGUUCCAAGAGAUGGCGGCUCUAGCAUUGUUCAACUGGGGAAAUGUGCAUAUCUCCAGGGCAAGGAAGAAAGUGUAUUUUACUGGAGAUUCUUCUAAGGAGCAUAUGCAUGAACAAAUAAAAAGUUUGUUUAAAUGGGCGCAAGAAGAAUAUGAAAUAGCUGGGGAUAAGUAUGAAACAGCUAUUGAAAUUAAACCAGAUUUUUAUGAAGGCUUCCUGGCACUAGGCCUGGUGCUGUUUGAGCAAGCAAAACUUUCUUGGAAUUAUGCUCUCUGUUCUAAGGUAGAUUUCUCUACAUGGCCUGCUACUGAGGUUCUUCAGCUUUACAAUAGUGCCGAGUAUAGUGUGGAGAAAGGAAUGCUUAUAUGGGAAGAAUCAGGAGAGAAGCACUUGCGGGAAGGUUACCGUCACAAGGAUAUUUUAUUACAUUUGCAGAACCUGGGGUUGGAGAAGCUAUUCAAAAAUAUGUCAGCAGAUGAAAUUUCUACACAGGUGGAAAAUACGAGGUCUCAAAUAAAUCUUCUGUGGGGUACCAUACUAUAUGAAUGCUCGACAGUGGAAUUCAAAUUAGGCCUGCCAGAAUGGAAUGAAUGUCUGGAAGUUGCAGCUGAGAAGUUUCAACUUGCUGGAGCUUCUGCAACAGAUAUAGCUGCAAUGUUGAAGAACCACUGUUCAAAUAACAAUGUUGUAGAUGGUCUUGAAUUUAAAGUUGAUGAAAUAGUCCAAGGAUGGAAUGAGAUGUACAAAGCUAAAAUGUUGCAGAAAGGUGUUCCAUCAUUUCGUUUGGAGCCCUUGUUUAGAAGAAGAAUAUCUAAAAUUUACCAUGCCUUUGAGCUUGUAUGA